UUAGGAAAGCCAUGCAGUAGAGAUCAAAUGGAUUGGAAUAGUUGGGAAGAGUUCAGAAGAACUGGAUUUGACAUCGUUGAAGCCGCCGUAAAAUUCAGCUCUGAUAACAGGCAAGCAUUUAUUGUUUCCAAUAACGAUGUAAUAGUCGUGGAGGUAAAUAGUGGUCAUCGUAUACAGUUUCUCACUCAUCCUGCAAAGAUUGUCAGCCUUUAUUAUGCAUUUCCGGGCAAAGCAAUAACUUAUACCGCUGAUGGUACAGAAUAUAUCUGGAGCACUGAUACGUGGGCUGUUCUACGUUGUCGCGAACUGAAUUGUGUGCCAAUUAACGUCUGGCACUCAUGUGAAACAACUUUGGUUGUGACUAAAAGUGAGAAUAAAGAAUUGAUUGUUACGAAGGUCGACGGAAAUGAAGUUCUGCAAAACCAGGAAAUUCUACGAACUGGGCCACAUAAUAUUGGAUCUUCUCAAUUUGCUGUUACGGCUGAUUACUUUGUGUGUUGUGAGAAACUUUUUGUAUAUCUCUACACUUUUAAUGAGGAUGGAGUUAAACGAUUCAAAUAUAUUGGUAAAGCUGAUUUCAUGGAUUCGUCACUGCUGGAAUUUAUAAGCAUUGCAGCGCUUGGAGAUAUAGUAGCAGCUGCAAUAUCAUUUGGCCGCGUAUUUAUAUGGAAUGACGUGAGUCGGAAGGGUAUCAGUUCGUUCAGUCACUCAGUGCAUUGGCAUAAAUGGGCUCCAUGCUUGGCUCUAACCGAAUCAAAUACUUUAUUUUCUGCUGGUGAUGAAGGUGUUUUGGCGAAAUUUUCUCUCUCAGAGUUAAAGUCAAUAUCUAAGCCACAACUAUUACCAAGAUUGCAAGCACCAGUUCGAAGGCUUAAUCUUUCUGAAGAUGGUUCUAUUGUGGCUGUUGUACUGGCUGAUAAUUCGGCACAUUUCAUUCUCAGUUCAACACUUAAUGUUUUCUCUUCAAUGGAAUCAAUUCUCUGUUCUCCGAAAAAGUCGCUCUUUCCCCUUACUGAGGAUCCCCUUUACACAAACUAUGUUGUACACAGUGCACGUCCUGGUUUUAUGCAGUGGAUUGUACCAUCUACAAUGAUCUCCAUUGCAACGGUUGAUGUGUCCAGAGAGAAUCCGAUAGAGGGAGAAAAUAUAUUUUCUGAUACAACAGGCUAUAUAGACGUUUGUGAAGUUGCAUUGUCGCGGACAAUGGUAGUGACCGCUGAUUGUGAUGUCAGUUUGGAUAUGCCAAAUAAUCGGUUGCAGUUUUGGCGUCGAAAUGAAGAUUUGGGUUCUUUUGCUUUAGAAUAUUGCGAGUUAUGUAUUGAUGGAUUUAUAAAGUUUAUUCGGGCCUGUCUUGACUAUGAUAUGUUCGUUACUGCUGAUGAUAAGGGAAUUCUGUGCACAUGGGAAAGAGUAAAAAGUGAUGAGAAAAAGUGGUAUAAGUCGAGCGAAGUUCAUUGGAUGAAUGUUCCUAUUUUGCAUAUAUCAAGGAUACAAAAAUCACAUUUUGCUGCAAUUCAUAAUAUUAGUCAGAAGACCGAUGGAAUUGUUGCACUGUGGUGUGUGGAACAGGAAAAAUCUCCACGCGUGCUUUACGUCCAUCAGGGCAACGGCAAACUUACAGCAGUGGAAUGGGGUCCUUUGAACAAUGUCAACUUACUUAUCAUAUCAUCUGAAAGUUGUAUCUAUGCUUUCAACAUAUGUACACUUGCGCCAUUAUGGAUUGUUUGCGAACCAGAUUUAAAACUUGCCAUAACAUCGCACUUUACGGUUGCAUAUAAUAAAAACGUUGUUUCUGUUAUCGAUAGCUCUUCCGGCACCUUACUAUGUCAAAGGAAGUUAAAUUCAACCCCAGAAAGUGUUAUUGCUGUUGGAGAGGGCCGAACGUUUACAGUGGUUGCUGCCUACGAAAAGGGCUAUGGAGUGAUCGCGAGGUCAGAAUUGCUAGAGGAAGCCCAAAAGCAAUUGUAUAAAAGGAAUACAGCAUUGAAGAAGACUCCGUUCUCAAAUUUAUUGACUAUUGGUAAAAAGGAAGUUAAAAGUAACGAAGUUUUUGUUGAAACUUCAUCCAAUUUGGGAAUCUUCUCUGGACCAUCGUAUUCGCUUGCACCUAUGCCAUAUUUGGCUCAGAAAUUUAUUCGUUCGUGUUUUUUAUUACCCCAGUAAUUAUGAUACUACUGGGCAGUACUAGUUAUGC